CCCGCGCAGGACCCCGCCCCCGCGCAGGACCCCAACCCUGGGCCCCCGAGCGGCCCCACCUCUCGCCCCAGUCUCGCACCCGCCAAGCCUGAAGUUCUCCCAGACUCUGCCCGUGAGGAAGAGGAUUUGCCGGUGGAGACCCAUGAAACCAGCCACUUCUUGACCUAUCUCGUGGCCGGCUCGCUGAUCCUGGCCGCUCUGUACAUUGUGUAUCACAGCAAACACAGGAUCAUUGCCUUAUGUCACAAGCGCGGACCCAAACAAUGUGAGCGCCCAAAUAAAUCCGACUAUAUGAAGCUCGAUCAGAAUUUAAGUGAAGUUAUCACCAGCUUGAAAAAGAAAGUUCGCCAUUCCGACCACAAGUUAAAAUGACACGUAUUCAAGAAUGAAGCUGUUUUUCGUUUCACUAAGUACUUUAUUUUAUCUGGUCAACACGUGUUUGGACUCUGCUUUAUCAUCAUAAACUUUUUGUUGGUCAACCGAUGUAUUUAAUUGAGGUUUGAGACGAUUUAAUGGAUUGAGUAUUGGGGGGGUGGGAGGAGCGGUUGGCAAAACUGAACUGAACAAAAUUCAUGUUUGGGUGCUGAUAUGCCGAAAAUCUUUGCAGUCAAAAAUAAUUAAGAAGCCAAAGAGACUUAUCUGAUAGAGAUGAAGCUGUGAAACAAAGUGGGUGUUUGGAGAACCAGUACAAGAAGGGAAACAGAAUGAGUUUGUCCCUUUGCCCGAGUGCGCAAACAGCCUUUACCGCAUCUGCAAAUCAGGUGGGGACUUGAAACUCUCCAAAGGCGAUAGUUCCAAUCGCGGAUUAACCUGGUUACCCCCGACCACACUCCGGGGGUCCCCAAACAUUAGCUCUUGCUAACCUGCGCCUAAUACUUCCCGGAAUUAGGUAAGCAGGAUC